AUGGGGGAGGUUGCCAAGGGUGUUUAUCCAGCCUGGAGGUGCUGCAUCUGCCGGCUGCGGGGUGCCUCGGUCACCUGCCAGCGCCGGCGCUGCCCCCGGAGCUUCCACUUCCCCUGCGGCAGCGAGCGGGGCUGCGUCUCCCAGUUCUUCGGGGAGUUCAGGUCCUUCUGCUGGAAGCACCGGCCGGUGCAGCGGGUGCGGGCGGUGCGGCAGGACCAGACGCCCUGCCUCGUCUGCCAGGAGGUGGUGGCACGGCGGCCCUGCUACGACACCCUGGUCUGUCCCACCUGCGCCAGCGCCUGGUUCCACCGCUGCUGCAUCCAGGGCCAGGCGCUGCGCUCUGGCCUCCACCAUUUCCGCUGCCCGCUCUGCCAGGACGUGGACGCCUUCCAGGAGGAGAUGUUUCGCCUGGGCAUCAAAAUCCCCGACAGGGAUGCUGCCUGGGAGGAGGACGGGGCCUUCCCCCCCAGCACAGGGACCCUCGCACAGUGCCCCAGCUCCCAGCACUUGGGCUGA